UUGUCUAGCAAACGAGAGUAAAUUGGCAGACAUUGGGUUUGAAAAGAGCUGUCUUUCUAUUUAUUUUUUUGUUUUUUUUGCUUUUUGUUCCUGGGGGGUUAAAAAAACAAGCCACAGUGUGAAGGUGUCAAGAUUUGGGGGGACCACACCCUAUUUACGGGGAUCUAAACCUUUUGGAGUACCAGUUUCUCUUUUUCUCUUGUUUAAAAACUUUUUUUUUGGAAAACAUGGCUGAAUUGUCAAACAAAAUGGAAGAGUUGAAGCUCGAAGGUACUCCCGUCGAAGUAGCUGCCGUCUCGCAAAAUGUCACACCUUGGGAAGUCGAGGGAGCUGUUGUCGAUGGCGUUCAACAAGCCAUUGAUUAUAACAAGUUAAUUGACCAAUUCGGUACUCGACCUAUUGAUGCUGCCUUGUUGGAGCGUUUCGAGACUUUAACUGGUCGCAAACCUCACAUCUUUUUGAGAAGAGGCACUUUCUUUUCUCACAGAGAACUUGGCGUUAUUUUGGAUCGUUUCGAACAAAAGAAGCCCUUCUUUUUAUACACCGGUCGUGGACCUUCUUCUGCUUCAAUGCAUUUAGGCCAUAUGGUCCCCUUUGUGUUCUGCCAAUGGCUUCAAGAUGUAUUCAACGUACCUAUCGUGAUUCAAUUGACAGAUGACGAAAAGUUCUUGUUCAAGGCCAACUUGACUGUAGAAAUGUGUCAUCAAUUUGCUUUCGAUAAUGCUAAAGAUAUUAUUGCCUGUGGUUUCAAGCCCGAAAAGACCUUCAUCUUUUCCAACCUUGACUUUGUCGGAGGUCCCUUUUACCACAACGUUGUAAGAAUUUCUCGUUGUAUCACCUUAAAUCAAUCCAAGGCCACAUUUGGUUUCAAUGACAGUGACAAUGUGGGUAAAGCCCAUUUUGUUGCUGUUCAAGCCGCCCCUUCUUUCUCCAACAGUUUCCCUCAAAUCUUUGGUGAAAAGAAAGAUAUCCCUUGUCUCAUUCCUUGUGCUAUUGAUCAAGAUCCUUAUUUCCGUUUAACGCGUGAUGUUGCCAAGCGUUUGAAAUACCCUAAGCCUUGUCUUAUUCAUGCCAAAUUCUUCCCUGCUUUACAAGGUCCUCAAACAAAGAUGAGUGCUUCCAUCGAUACCUCUGCCAUCUUCAUGACAGAUACCGCCAAGCAAAUCAAAAACAAGAUCAACAAGCAUGCUUUCUCUGGUGGAGGAGCUACUGUGGAAGAACAUAGAGCUAAUGGUGGUAACCCUGAUGUCGAUGUUGCCUACCAAUAUCUUUCAUUCUUCAUGGAGAGUGAUGACGAGUUAAAGCAUAUCCACGAUACAUACAAAUCUGGUGAAUUAAUGACGGGUGAAUUAAAAAAGAUUUGUAUCGAAACUUUGCAAAAAUUUGUUACCGAUUUCCAAGAAAGAAAGAGCAAGGUCACUGACGAAAUGAUUGCUUAUUAUAUGGACAAGAACAGAAAAAUUGAAAUCUAAAUAACUUAAUAAAAAUCAUGUGUAAUGACUGGAUGAUCAGGAUGAAUGCUGGUUAAAGCAAUUUAGUCGCAGAAGCAAAAUAUCAUCCACUGCAAAUAUAUAAUAAUAG